AUGACCCUGUUCUUUCUGCUAGGUCUCGCGGUUAUUGGCGUCACGGCUAAGAUCGCUCGACCCCAGACCGGACCUGUGAGCUUGCCGAUGAGACGAAGUGACGCAAGCCAUUCCAAUGGACAACGUCGCGAAGAUCCGCCCCUUGGUACCAACUUGACUCAGUUUGACCCCGACGGCUAUUAUACUGUCAAGCUGGAGAUUGGGAGCCCGAUGCAAGCAGUCUGGGUUGCGCUCGAUGCCUAUUCGGACGAGCUAUGGGUGAACCCCAACUGCAGUGCAGCACUGUCGCCCGAAGCCUGCUACGAUACCUCAUUCUACAGCCCCAAUGUCUCGACCACUUCCAAUGCCCUCGAGUGCGAUACGCCAUGGGAUUGGCCCCAUACAGACGGGGUGGCGUGGGGUUGCUACUACACGGACUAUGUCGACUUCCUUGGCGUUGAUGUUGGCGUGCUUGAUAUUGGAGUCGCCUCCAGCAGUUAUGGCAUGAACGCUGGUAUACUGGGCCUGGAAUUCGGGGUCAAUACCAGCAGCAGCAGCACGACCAGGACGAAGGGAACAAUGCUUGACGCCCUGGUCAGCAAAGGCGGUAUAUCUUUCCGACAGUUCAGUGUGGCAUUGGGGUGCGUGGACAAGUCUAACGGGGAGAUCUUAUUCGGAGGUCUCAACACGGGCAAAUACGUCGGAACGCUUCAUCGGCUAGCGCAAGAGUUCCCUGCUUGGGACAGACUCUCCCGUUACUAUGUCGCAUUGACAAACGUGGGGUAUGAGGACCAAGCCAACUGCGUCGACGAGCACCUCUUCCCUCCUCCUCAUGCUGCCGUCAUCGAUUUCAACUCGCUGUACACGUAUCUUCCUGCACAGCACGUCGAGUUCAUCGUCACCUACUUUGAGGGUAGGGUCUACCACGGGACUGAAGAUCUUUGGACAGUCGAUUGCCAUCACCGCCAACGUAAUGCCACGAUCGACAUUGGCUUCGAUACCCUGCUGAUCCGCGUUCCUCUUCACGAGUUCAUCGUGGAGGCCGAGGGAGUAUGUCAUCUGGGAUUGAGGGUAGUAAUACCCGACUCACCAGCUAUCUUGGGUGCCAACUUCUUGCGGGCCGCGUACGUCGUCUUUGACCACGACAGCCGGUCCAUCUACAUGGCCCAGUACAGAGACUGUGGCUACCACGUUGUCGAUUACUCGGAAACGUCGCGCCAGGAGCCAGGACGAUGCGAAGGGGUCCCGCGGCCUACCGAGCCUAGCAGCUGCUUGUCGACCUCAUCGUCUGGCCAUGGCAAGACGAGCUCGCAGCCGACACACUACUCGACACCAUAUGCGUCCGUAAGUCACUCAACGAGCAGUCACAGCCAUACGACAACGCCCUCGUCUCAUCGUACCACCACGUCUUCCACUCACCAUACGACGACGACUUCAUCGCCCCACGCAACCACGUCGUCUUAUGUGCGAAGCUCUUCCAGCAUCGCUUGGCACAACAUCACAAUCAGCUCUCUACCGCUGAGCUCCGUAGUCUAUUCCUCAAGCACCGUGACAAGUAGCGAAUAUCGGAACUCGAGCACUACGCGCUAUUCCUUGACCACAACAUUCCCUUUCUCUUGGCCCCACGCCACAAGCCCCAUAACAAGUAGCGAAUCGUGGAAUUCGAGCACUACGCACCAUUCCUUCCCCACAUCAUUACCUUUCUCUUGGCCCAACGCGACCUUCGGCACCAUACCCCUGAGCUCAGUGUCCUGGACUGGCGGUACCGGUACGACGAGCACGUCAAGUCAUUGGCUCAACACCACAUCUACUUCGUCCCGUCCAUCCGUGACGAGCACGCACUGGUACAAUUCCACGUCAAGUGAAUCAUCUCAGCCGUCUCCGUCGUCGCUAGAGAGGACGGUCACUGUGACCACAGCCAUCGCGACCACCACCGUCUACGUGCCAAGCCCCCUCCCCAUCACGGUUAGCUUAUGCGAUGUCACCGGCGGGCUGGAGACAGCAUCGGCGGCGCCCACGGAUUGGAGUUCGUUCUGUGAGCCGUUCACCGUCACGGAGGUGUAUUACGAUCCGACGGACAUGACGACGGUGCUCGUGACGUCCUUUCCGACAGAGUGCGAGACGGGCUUUAUGACGAUCGAGGGUGGUCAAUCGGUGAGCUGA